AUGGCCAGUACCAGCAAAGGGGAUCAUCAUGAUUACUCCGAUUCUUCGGAUUCAGAAAGGGGGGCAAAAAGAUUAAAGUUUAAAAGCGUAAACAGACGAGAAAAUAGACCACAAAAAUAUAGAUGUGAAUGGGAAAGCAAUCCUCAUUUCAAAGGAUGGUUGAAAGCUGUUAAAGAAAAACCCACUCGAGCAAAAUGUAUUGCUUGUGAUAGUGAAAUUCAAGCAGAUUUAACUGUAUUGAAAAGUCACAGUAAGGGAGCUAAGCAUUUAAAAAAUGUAAAGGUGAUUGUGAAAAAUCAACCAAAAAUUUCUACUAUGUUUUCUAAUAAAAACGAAGCUAGUGGUCAAGUGAGUAGGGCAGAAAUAAAAAUUGCUGCAUUAAUAUCAGAGCAUAAUCUACCCAUCAACCUGUGUGAUCAUCUGAUUCCUUUAUUAAAAGACAUAUUUCCUGACUCGAAAAUUGCAGAUGGGAAGAACCAAAGCAACAGGUACUUUAGUGAAAAAACAAAUGAGGUAACUACAAAAUUUUUAAAUUUGGUUCAAUGUUUUUCAAAUCAAAAUCCAGAUGAGGCAAAUACAGGGGCGACUGCAGAAGUUCUUUAUAAAAAAAUUAUGGAUUUAUUUGAGUCUAACAAUAUACCUUUCCAAAAUAUUAUAGGAUUUGGUUCUGAUGGUUGUAACACUAUGUUUGGUGCCAAUAACUCAGUAGUAAGUAGGUUAAAACUAAAUCUUCCUGGCAUUAUAGUUCAAAAAUGCAUCUGCCACUCUUUACAUCUUUGUGCCAGUGAGGCUUGUAAAGUUUUGCCCCGUCAUUGUGAAGAUUUAGUCAGGAAUAUUUUUGGUUACUUUAAAAAUAGCUCCAAACGGCAAGCACAAUUUACAGAAUUUCAGACAUUUUGUAAUGUGGAGCCUCACAAAAUUUUACGUCCUUCACAAACUAGGUGGCUUUCAUUACUUAUGGUAGUGGAAAGGAUAAUUGAGCAAUGGAAUCCCCUUCAAUUAUAUUUUGUUAAAGAAUGGACCGAACAUAGAUUGCAAGCUUCAGAAGUUGUUGCCAAAAGACUUAAUGAUAUGGAAACAAAACUUUUUUUCUUUUUUCUUCAUUGGAUUUUACCAAAAUUUGUAAAAUUAAAUGAAUACUUUCAAAGUGAGCGUGUCAUAAUUGCACAUGUUUAUGAUGUAGUUUGUGAAACUUAUAAAGAAAUUUGUUUAAGCUAUUUACAACCAAAUUAUAUUCAUAAAACUGAAAUAGGUAAAAUCGAUCCCAGCAAUGCUAGUCAGUUCAUUGACUUGAAACAGAUAUACCUUGGUGUUCGCGUACUUCAGAACAUUGAUAAAUUAAGUCGAAAGGAAAAAGAAGAUUUCUACAUGCGGCGCCGUCAAUUUUUAAUAACUUCUGCAAAUGAAAUGAAAAAACGGUUUGAUUUUAAUGAAAAUAUUUUGUCAAAAAUAUCAGUAUUUGAAAAAGGGUAUUCUAAACCAAAACCAGCAUCGCCUUUUCCAUUAAUUAAGUUACUACCCAGAAUUGUAGAUCCUCAAGAUAUUGAACAAAUACAAAAAAUUGAUGAUCAGUGGCGGAUGUAUUGGCAGUCAGAACCAAAUUUCAGUGAUGAAAUAAAGGAUGAAACAUCAAUCGAUAAAUACUGGUACAAAAUCUCCCAAAUUCACGACAUGUCUGAUGUUUACGUAUUUAAAGAAUUGGGAAAUUUUGUAUUAGAUUUAUUAGUAAUUCCUCAUUCAAAUGCCGCAUGCGAAAGAAUGUUUUCAAAAGUAAACUUAAUCAAAACAGAUGUCCGAAAUCGCUUGUACAGUGACACAGUAAAUUUACUUUUAUUGGCAUCUCAAAGUGUAAAUCGUGAAUGUUUUAAGUUUAAUGUUACUCAAAAUAUGAUUAAUAGAAUAACGUCCUAUAAACAUGUCGCUCAAGAUGAAAAUGAAACUGUUGAUAUUCAUUUUGAACCUGAAUAA